GGAGUGCCAUUAUGUCUUCAAAGUUUAUAGAACAACUAUGUGAACCAGCGUUAUCCAAUUUGAAUAUCGAUUUUUUUUCUACAACUAUAGAUGCUCCACAGAUGUCAAAAAUCAAAAUUCACACGUUUUCUUGGCGUUGUUUGUCGUCCGGCGUUACAUUUUUUAUCGUUUAAGUUUUAUUUCGGCUGUUGUUAUGUAAAAUGUAAAGUGGGACUCCUGUCCGAUGCAAAUUUAUAAGUUUUUACCCGAUUUUGUCGAAAUCAACAUCCAAAACAUGUAGGUGCAAAAAGAUGCCUAAAGGAAAUAUUACACAUAGCAACCAUGGAACCCCUCGUUUGACAGACAUAGAUGCUUAAUAAAUGGAUAGCACUCAGCAAAAAGAUCUAAAAUGGCUUCACUCACCCAAAUGGACCCGGAGAGCUCAAGCUCAGCUUUAUACCGGAGCCCUAAACCCACUACAAUUGAUUUAGUCGGUGGUAUAUACUGCCACAUAUGUCAUAUUACAUAUGCUAACAAAAAAGAGUAUGAUUCACAUUACAUUAAACAUGAAACUGGAAGUAAAGAUAUAGUGUACACAUGUGUGGUAUGCCAUAAGGAGAUAGCUGGCUAUCCGAGUUUCCGCGGCCACUGUUAUACAAGCCAUGUCAUAAAAGAUAGAUUCAAGUGUGAACAUUGUUCAAAAUUAUUUUCUAAAUCUUUAUCCCUCAAGGAACAUAUCAAAGUAAUGCACAGAUUCAAAUGCUCAUCAUGUAAUAAAGAAUUUACAACUAAAAAAGAGCUUCAAUUGCAUCAAAUAAUUCACAACAAUACAGAUAUGCCACCUUUCAAAUGCCAAGCUUGCGACAAUCAAAUUGAUUCACUCGAAGGCUGUAAAGAACAUAUAGAUUUGCACUCUGCUUCUAUAUACUUUUGUCCAGUUUGUAAUGAGAAUAUAUCAAGUCGAGAGAAUGCUAAGGAGCAUAUGAAAAAACAUUUUGGUGAAGACAAUGAGGAUCAAUCAAUAAUACAUAAAAAUUUUGAUAAAGAAGAAAGUUACAUAGAACAGUUGGGCGGAAUUUCAUGUAAAUACUGUCCCCUCAUUUACAAGGAUAGAGUUGAGUUUGACGCUCAUUUCUCUUGCGAACACGGCAACGAAGACAUAGUCUACACAUGUAAUGUCUGUGGGAAACAUUUUGAAAAGUACUCAGUGUUCAGUGAUCAUUCGUAUAACCAUUUCAUGAAGGAUAGAUUCUGCUGUGACAUUUGCCAUAAAACAUUCAACCGCCUGUCCCUGCUGGUGACACACAUGUCUGCCUGCCAAGCUAAUAUGGACGCAAAUGGGAAGCCAUUUGUGUGUUUCCAGUGCGGACACCGCUACGCCACCGAGAUGCGGCUCCGCGAACAUCUCCGAGACGCGCACGCUAUCCAUUGCAUUAUGUGUCCUGAGGAAGGCUGUCAGAAAAUAUUUUCCACACCAAAAGAUUUGAUCACCCAUCAACGUGAACACCGUACACAGCAGAACUGGUGUCGGCAGUGCGGUCUACUGUUCCCCACUCUGAAAUCAUGCGAACGUCACUUGGAUGUUCACAAGAAAAAGCUCUAUAUCUGUCCGGUCUGCAAUCGAAAUUACAGCGAGAAAUACCUUAUCCUGAAACAUGUCCCCCAACACUUUGAAACAGUUUUGCACCUCUGCAAAGUAUGCGGAAAGGUCUAUAACGCCAAGAAUCGCCUCAUCGAACAUAUAAAAACUCAUUCUGAAACCAAAAGCCAUAAGUGCACAUAUUGCGGAAAGGGUUUCGUGAAAAUUGGUCAGUUGCAGCAGCAUCUGAACGUCCACACCGGAUCCAAGCCUUACAAGUGUCCAAUAUGUUCGAAAACAUUCGCCAGCUAUCCGAACUGGCACAAACAUUUGCGCAGAAUGCACAAAGUCGACGGUAAAAAGUACAAAAAGUGUACAGAAAACGUCCCGAAUAUAAUCGACGACUCGGAAUCGGACAGCACGGAGACCCUGGACGAGGAGGAGUCGCCCACAGAAAUCGACAUAAACGAAAUCAAUAUGAGUCAAUCGAUCAUAGAAGUCGCCCCGCAACUGGACGGCAACUUGACGAACGCUCGCCUGCACGUCGACAUCUCCGAAACGUACUCGUUCCAGGAACCGGACGACAGCACCAUGGAGUCGGACGACAUCGAUCGGAUCAUCAUCGAGAAAGAACUGGAAAUCUUCGAGGACACGGCGAAUCUGAAAAACAUCGUGGAGUUCAUUAACGUGCUGCCGGCCGACAUCGGCACCCCAGCGCCGGCGGCCCCGGCGGCCCCGGUGGCGCCGGUCGUGCCGGCCGAGUACGGGCCGGAGUUCGCGGAGCCGGACGAGCACAUGCUGCACAUCGACCCGCUGCUGACCAUCAAGCACGCGGGGCCGGGCUGGGAGCCGCUGCUCACGCGCGUGUUCCCCGACGUGCUGGAGUCCAGCCGACUCUCGAUGAUGAACGCCGAUAUAUUUUGAAGUGUCAACGCGACGAACAUAUUUUUGUAUCUACACCUCCGGCCGGCCGGUCCCGGGCCGGGAGCGCCGGCCGGCCCCGCAGCUACCUCAGACGGAAACGAUGAUGUACCUCAAUUAUACAAUAGGCUCUAUUUUAAUGUUGAUAUGAUAUACAUUUUUAACAUAUAUCCCACCAAACAUUAGACGGUUAAUGUUAUCAUAAUUCAUAGUAACGCUACCUCAUUUAGUUAAGUUUUUCUCUUAUAUUCGCUUACACUGUAAUGUUCGAAAUAUGUAUAUGUCGUCUCAUAGAGUUUGUGUUGUAUGUUGUGUAUGAAAUUUACUUGCAUGAGAGGUUAGAGUGACUGCCUUAUGCACUUUCCCUUCGUUGCAGACGUAUUUUAAAUUUGCGCCGACUGUCGACCGAGUUCGAGGGUUAAAUUAGCGAACUUUAAAAUUGUAUCUAAUUUGAUAAAUUGAAAACCCUGAUUCCUACGAUAAACAUACGCCUGUAUGUUGCUGAAUUCAGGUCACAAAAACUGUAGACAACUUACAUGCCCUUGUUCCAGUCUACCGAACAUCAUUUAGACUUCUGUAUUAGUGAAACAUUCUCAAACAGCGAUGUUUAUCGUAGUCGACAUCGAAAACGAUCGUUUCGAAUGAUUUCCAAAGGUUUAGGCUUAAGAUGUUUUGGUAAAAUCGGCUUUUUGUAAAUAUUUUGGUACAUUUUUGCGGCACGUUGUAAUUUGCAUUUUCUAAUGCUUGAUCCUGAAGCCACCGCCCACUUCACCGACAUUGAAUCGGCUCUCCUAGUUCGGCAGGAAACAGAUAUUAAUCACAAGAGACCUAGGAGAGGAUGUCGGGGGGAGGGGGAGGUCUAAGAGUAAACGAGACAGCGGUGGCAUUUUCAUGCAUUUCAAUUUCGAUUCCCUUUUUUAUUAUUUUAUUCAAAGUUGCGAACGCAAAGCGUCGUGACUUUAGUGUAAGUGAAUCGAUAGUGCUGUGAUAUUUUUAUGUAUAUUUAGAUAUAAGUCUAGAGAGUGUAACGUAACAGCAAGUACAAAGAUACAUUAUUUAUGAUAGACAAACAGCGUCCGCUACGCGUCCUCGUUCUGGUAUGUUACGAACAGAUCGCAAGGAGCUUGGUAAUCGCGAGAUCGGUACUAUUCUGCUCUUAUAAUGUAUUCAUCUCGAGUUUCUCAAUCUUCGUGUAUUGCAAAUUAUUGUGUCAACGAACUCUACGUUAUACCUAAAGUAUUGAAUAAGGACGCUAUCAUAUAACCUACCCAUAUGGACAGAAUACUAACAAGUAUCCGAAAAUUGUGUAACCACAUUGAGUCGCGCUUGCCGACUCACGGUUUUGAUAUAACCCUUAAAUCUCUGUGAGGGAUUCCAAAGUGUAGCAUAAUACGAUAGCCGUACGUCCAUAUGCGGUCAAAGUUCGUGCACGUUCUCACGUUAAAACGAGAGGAGAGAAAUCAAAAGGGUCGCAGGUUACUGCAUGACAAAAUGUAGGUUUAAAAACAAAAAAAGAAAUGAAAAAUGUAUGCUAAGAAAUGAACUCCGAAAUAUAUUUUCGAGAGAGUAAACUAUUUACAAUUUCGCGGCGAAGGGGUCUUAGUGAUAAAAGUAUCCAAAGACUGUAAUGUAUUUAUAAGUUCAAUGAACUUAAUAAUGUAAUGGAGGUAAAUCCGGGAAAAAAAGUCAGAUGUGAAUUAAAAAAUUAUGAAAUAGCUGUUUAGCUUUUGAUUAAAAUUUGGGCUUCGACGGAAAUAGACACGCGGAACGGCCGUACCGGAAGCGGUGCUGGGCGACGAAUAUCAAUCAAUCCGGUUUAAACGCCGAUUAGAAAUGACAACGCAAGAGCAAGUCGAGUGACAUGCUUGAGAAAUUACAAAAUUAUUGCAUUAAAAUUGAUGGGGAAGUUACUUCACUAAAUCCGUUCGAAAAGGAACUUUUAAAGCUGUUGAUAGCGAAUUGAUCUGCCGUGGCAGCAUCUAUGAGUACUUCCCCUGUCGAAAUUUCAUUCAUUCUCGUUUGGUGUAACUGCGCUGUAGUUUUAGUUUUAAUAUGUGUUUCGUCAAUGUAUACCCACUCUCGAGUAAAUGAAUUACCGUAUAAUUUCGUGUAAAUAAAAUUGUGCAGUGGGAAAGUGUGGAUGAUUAAUGUUCCAAAUUUACAGACUACAGCGCAGGGUAGCUGUCAAUAAACGUUAGCUUUGCUGCAAAAUACACUGCGACCAUCUACACGGUAUAAAUUAGACGUUUUGUGAAGAUUACCUAUCCGUGUGAUCGAUAUCUAUGGUUCUCUGAAAUGUUCGGCGUCGCAGUGCAUUUUGUUCCGUUACGACAGUACAUAGCGUAUAAAUAUUUGGUGGUGUUACAUAGUCUUAUAUAAACCUCAUCGUUCAAUGUCAUAGUACUUAUGCAAAACUUCUAUAUUCAUAAUAAAAUGAUAACAGUUUCUAUGUGUAUUUCGUCGCAAAGGUAGCAAUAAUGUAUAGAUUUUCACGCAUCUUUGAGAUAAAGAGUAUUUAUGGUAAGGAAUAGAGUCUUAAAAGACGCUAUUGGUUGUACCUGAUAAGAAUUACCUUCUAUUCAGACAUCUAUUUGAAACUGUUCGAGUACAUUUUAUGUAUUAAAAUAGAUUAAUUUAAAUUUAAGAAUCGUAUAUGAAUGAAUUUUCAUUACUAUUUACUAUUUUUACAAACAAGAUAUUUUACUAAUUUUACUAAAUAUUAUUUUUGAUAAGAGAAAAUUUUCAUAAUUGUAGCCUUUGCGAUCUUAUUGUCCCUAGCUUUAGGUUAUUAGGUUAUAAUCGAGCACAGGGUAUUGUGGUUCUAUUUUACGGAUGCGUUAUAUUGAUAACUCGAUAAGUAAGCGAAACAGCCUCCGAUAGUGAUGGUUACACAAUACUACCUCAAUACCCGAUAUGUGUACAAAAUAGAUUCCAUCUAAAUCUGUCUUAAAAUGUAAGCUUUGGGACCGGGUUUACAAUUAAUCGCUUCGCGAGUCAAUCUCGCUCGAUAUCGAUAAAUAAAAUAUCGGAUUAAUUUAUAUGAAUGUGAAGUUGAACCUAAGCCCGGUCCUGUUACGCGUAGUGAGCAAAAUUGCGUUUCAAUUAUUCUUUUAGUGCUUCUAAAGUAUUGCAUAAUAGAUCAUCGAUAGAAUUUAUUUUUCUCUCGUGUCGAAUCUAAUUUGUCGAUGUAUUUUGAUAUAUGGAAAUGUUUAAGUAAGAUUUUCUUGUCGCGUAAGAUAUGGAAACGGUACAACAGUCAGCCUUCUUACAGCAAUAUAUUAAUAAUAGACAGGUGGCAAGGGUUCCUAUAACAUUUACACAGCAUUUAGCAGUAUUCGUCGUGAAAUAAUUUAAAAAGUACGUAUGUUAUGCGACAAGAUUACAAUUGUAAAUAGAAAUUGCUGUUCUCUAUGUAUUCAAUUCCUAAAUGGAUUUUUUUAUAAGAUAGCUCGUAUUGCUUGUAAGACGAUACACUGUAAAGCUUGAUCAAAGUUAACUUUUUUUUUUGCUUAGAAUAUAAUGUAACGCGCCGGUACAGCAUAAUUACAAACUACAUUUAUAUUGUAUGAUUUUCUUGGAUUUUAAUCCUAUGUUACUUACAUCCCAUUGUUUACAUUAUUGCAUAAUUUUUAAAGGUUAAAAGAUCGAUUUUUAUUAUAACGCAUAAUAUAUUUUUAAUUUUUUUUUUAUUCGCCAUUGGAUAUAUCCAGUAAUUUGCCUUUAUAUGCAUUUUGUGUUUUGUAUUUUUUUAUAUUACUAUUUAAUAGAUUCGUUUUUGUUUCCGCUGUAACGCCAUCUAGGGGUUGUUUGUGUGAUCCGGCUUUACAGUAAUGUUAUAAUGUACCGAACUACCUCUGCAUAUACAUGCCUCCAUAAAUACAGUAAUUAUAGUUUUUGUUAUUAAUAUUUUUGUACGUUAUAUAAAACAGAUAUACAUAAUUAUAGGGUAAAUAGGUUUUACGUGAUUAAUGUGCUAUUUCAAAAGUAACUAUAAAAUAUUGUAAGCAUGUUUUCAGUUAAGUAGAUGGGACACUCCAAUCUGAAUUGUAUUGAACCAUAUUUGACAUAAUAAACAAUCUGACUAGUA